UUCCGAUGUGUAGAAAAAUGUCAAAAAUUCCUAUAGGAAAAAAUUCCUACGAGUCGAGAAUCGACCCCCUGCAGUAUUAAAAAUGCUAAUUUUCUGAAUAAUGAAUAUCAGAAAUCGGAACAAUCGGCAGAGUCAUGUCUUGGCAAGUAACUGUUCUAACACAAAAGAAGAAGUAAUGACACCUGACAUUUACGAUAAGGGUGACAGUUGACAGUGACAACUAUUGGUAAAUAAAUAAAUAAUUCCAAUUCCAGCACUAAUAAUAAAUUAUUUACAGCAAUUAUUAUAAGAUGACGGAGAAAAAACCGAACCCUUUGGAUAUUAACGGGCCCAAUUUCAAUCCAAAUAUGUAUUUAGAUAAAAUAUUUAAGGAAUAUUCUUUAAAACAAAUUUUGGAUCAUGAAAACGAAGUUGUUAAAGACACACAAACCUUACAUUCUGAUAUGCAAACCUUAGUUUAUGAGAAUUAUAAUAAGUUUAUAUCAGCAACAGACACAAUUAAAAAGAUGAAAAAUGAUUUCAAGAAAAUGGAAACUGAAAUGGAUUUACUGGCUUCAAAUAUGGCCUCAAUAACAUCAUUCUCUGACCAAAUUAAUGAUACACUGCAUGAUACAAGACAAAAAAUUAACAAAUUAUCAGGAGUUCAUGCAUUACUUCAAAAACUGCAAUUUCUCUUCAAAUUACCAACUACCCUUAAAUCCAGAAUGGAAGAAAAAAAUUACAUACAAGCCACCCAAGAUUACCUUCACGCCCAGAGAGUGUUACAUCAAUAUGGUGACAUGCCAUCCUUCCAAGGUAUCAAAACAGACUGCGAAUCAAUACUGACUGAACUAAAAGCAGAACUAAGAAAGCAAUUUUGCAAUACUAAUGCCUCAGCCAAAGAACUGACAGAAUCCGUGGAUUUAUUAUUAAAAUUAAACGAACCAGCAAAGGAGCUUUGUACAGAAUUUUUAUCUUGUGCUGAAAAGCGUUUGGCUGAACAGCUCGUCAUGUUGAAAGAUCAGAGCGAACAGAGGGACAUUAUAGAGUUUGUUGAUUUGGGUUGUUCUGGUUUUUUGAGCGAUUUAUGCUUGAUAGUUGCCUCGUUUCAUGAUAUGUUCAUAAAUAGGGUUCAUAUGGAACAUCUAGAAAAUAGUGAUAUUUUUGAAAAUUUUGCUGCAGUCGAACUGGAUAGUUUCGUAAAAGAUAAUAUGAAAAAAUAUUUUGAAUUGGUACAGAAUAAAGUUGAUUCUGAACAGGAUGUAGGAGAUACUAGUAUAUUAGUGCAAGCGCUAGAUAGAUUUUAUAAAAGAAUAGAAAGCAACACUCUCUGUAAAGACAUAGAUUUUGCAAAUGUUGCAUCUGAAAUAGUCAUUAAUGCAGGCAGGAAACAGUGCAAGGCGCACUUGCAAAUUUUGAAAAUGCAUUUCGCAGAUUCUUUAACAAAAAUUAGGCAAACUCUGACCACCCCUAAGUUAAUUACCCAAGAAGAGACUUCAAAGAAUCUCAAUGAAUUGCUGAAUUCACUGGUUAUUACUGUUGUGGAAAAAGUAAAAGGAGUUUUACAGGAUUUAGUUGUAUUCCUUCAACCAGACGUUAAUUUCGCUAAUAAGCCACAGUUCAAAGACAGCUUUUGCAUUGACAACGUUAGAGAAGGUUUGAUUGUAUGUUUUUUACACCAUUUAACUGCGACUGCUAGAAGUUUUUGUGCCAAAGGUGCGUCGGAUCCAAAAGUGCCACCAACUUUACUACUCCUACUUUCCAAAUUCUGCAUAGACUUUCAAAACGGAAACGUACACUUUCUGUUGUCCCAAACAGAUGAACUGUUUGAUAUCGAUUCUAAGCAAAAUUCUGCCCUUACCAAUGAAGGUGAGAUAAAUAACAGCAUGCAAGAAUCUGCUCAGGAAUUGUUAAAUUAUUUCGUACGGAUCCAAGGUCUGAAUUGUUCACAGAUGUUGAGGAAGAGCGUGGAAACGAGGGAUUGGCUUCACACCAUAGAACCGAGGACAGUCAGAGCCGUUAUGAAAAGAGUAGUUGAUGACAUUUCAGCGAUUGAUUCAACUGUUGCACAAUUGUAUGAAGAUCAAGGAAAUAAUGGUACUGAACACAGUAGCGAUUCAAGUCGAAAAGCCCAUAGUGUAUCUCUUCCAAGGCAUCAAUACCGUUCAAAUUGGUCGAAUUAUGCUCCAAAUCCAUUGGAUUCUGCACUGGUUUCAAAUAUGCACAGACUGUUUAGCGAAAGAGUAGAUAUAUUUUCAUCUGUGCAGUUCAAUAAAGUUUCUAUAAUGACGGGAAUCAUCAAGAUCAGCUUAAAGACUUUCAUGGAAUGCGUUCGGCUUAAAACGUUCAGCAAAUACGGUCUGCAACAAAUCCAAGUGGAUACUCACUAUUUGCAGCUGUAUCUCUGGCGUUUCGUGUCUGAUGAGAAUUUGGUGCAUUUUUUAUUGGACGAAAUUCUGGGGUCUGCUGCCCACAGAUGUCUUGAACCGGUACUAAUGGAACCGAGCGUUGUUGAUAUAAUAUGCGAAAGAGGCUGAAUUUAUUUAACUUGGUUUUUAGAUCAUUUUCCGUACAAUAUUUUAUGUUAUGUUUCAUUAAUGUUUACAAUAAAUUUUUUUUGUUA